AUGCAGGAGAUGAUAAAGAAGCUAAAAGUUGAGAAGGCAAAGAUGGAGAAUAUGUUGAAGAAAAGGGAUGAGAUGAUAAGGCAGAAGGAUCGAGAGCUCAAGGCAAAAGAUAGGGAGCUAGAGAAGUUCCGAUGUGAGUUCAAGAAGCUGCAGAAGCUUCAGGAUCUCAAGCCCGCUAUGAUGUUCCCAAUUGGUCAUACUGAGAGAGAUAUCAAACACAUGAAGGAGAAGAAGAAAGGUUUCUUUGAGGAAAGGAGGCCAUCUACACCCUACAUCCCAUCGUGCAAGGAUAGGUGGAAUAAGAUUGAGGAGAAGAAAUUUUAUGAGAAAAAGGAUCAAGAUAUCUCCACUAAAGUGCUUCGGAUGGGACUCAAUCGGUUGAAGCAUGAAAUGAAAGUCACAAAUGAGAGGCUUGAUCUAAUGAGUUCCAAUCUCAAAAUUCUUAUAGGAGAUAUGUCGAAUACGAAGACUGAAUUGAGUGAGAAGAAGGGAAAUGAGACUAAAGCACAAGUCGAAUUGACACCGUAG